CCAUCUCACCCCUCCCCAUGGUGGCACCUACCUCCCCCCGUCCCCCAUCUCCCCAAUGGCGGCACCGCGCCAGAAAUUAUAAUCGCCCCGAAAGAACCCUGGAGUCGUCCCUCCAGCUUCCAACAAAUCCUCCAGUCCCGAGGCUGGAAGUCCCACGGAUACAUACAUGAUACAGACAUACGUCCUAUGACGUCAAUUGGCGAUUAUACUCAAAAAGUAGCAUCUUGAGGUUCUAUUCUCCUACCCAAAGUCUGUGAUGUUUCUUUGUAGAUCCUAGUGUGUUGUGUGGUUUUCUAGUUUUCACACCGGAAGACGCAUGCUUCUCCCGUGACUUCCUGCCUAGAUUCCAGUUCUCGUAAUGGCGCACGACCAAAUGUGGUUCGGAUUUCUUGUGACUCAUUCUGGUUGUGUGGAAUAAACGAGUGACCAGUGGUCUCCUGCUGUCUGGAGUAGUGGACACACAUUCUGCACGGUCUCAAGGGUUAUCGAAACCGUCCAAACAUGAGUUCCCAGCCGGACGCCCGGAAGCGGCGCUCCUUCCUCCCCGCCCCCAAGAGAUCCUCCGGCCUCUCCCCCACCUCCCCUCAAUCCUCCACCUCCCACCCCCUCUCCGGUCUACCACAGCCCACCUCCUCCUCCUCCUCCCACCACAGCGCCUCCUCCUCCUCCUCUACCUCAUCCGCAUACCCCUCUUCCUCCUCCUCCUUGGCCCCACCCCAACCUGGCGACCCUCGUGACCCCCGUGACCCCCGCUCCCACUCCGCCGACUCCAAACGACGAGACAAAAAGCCGGACAACUCCGCCCCAGUCUUCGGCAAAGGUCUGCGCGUCGGAGCCCGGAUCAAGAUCGGUGGAGUCAAACCCGGGAUCCUGCGAUACCUGGGCACGACACACCUGGCGCCGGGAAUCUUCUGCGGUAUCGAGCUCUUCGAUCCAGAUGGCUGUCACGACGGGGAAGUGAACGGGCAUCGAUACUUUUCCUGCUCGCCGAAACACGGAAUUUUUGCGCCCAAGGAGCGCGUGUGCCUGGACAGCUCCGCCUGUGCCCUGGGCCGCGUGACGUCAGACUCGGACAACAGCUACAGCAGUACUGAGAGCCUGAGCGAGCGGAGCAACAAGGCCUUCCAGGACUACGCCGAGGGCGAGCUAGAGGCCAUCGACUACUCCACGCUCAGCCCGGAGUCAAGCUUCCACGAGGCGCUGCAGGGAAACAGGGAGGCCGGCAGCAGACGAGGAGUCGGGGGGCAGAGAAGUCUCCUCCCGCCCCAACCCUCCAAACUCGCCUCGCUCUCCACCACCUAUGACGUCAUAGACCUUGACCAGUCGGCUGACUCAGGGUCCGAGUACGCCCAUCGGGCAGCUUCGCGAGAUCUCGCCGAGGCCCCGCAGAAGAGGUACAAGUCUGCUCUACCCAAAGCCACCCGGUCGUCGGGUAUCCCAACAGCCCCCACCUCCAAACUCCCCACCUUCUCCUCCACCUCCUCUGUCUCUUCCUCCUCCACCUCUCGCUCCUACGCCAAGCACGACGAGCAGGGGCCGACCUUGCAGUACAGAGGACCUCCGGCCCCGCCGCGCGGCGAACCGGGUCGAGACGAGUCCCGAGUACCCGCCGACGCGCACGCCAAGACUUUCACCCACUCGUCGGCCUCCGAGUCGGACCGGGAGAGUGACCGAGCCUCGCCGCGGUUCCGGAUCGCCACCACCCGCUCGUCGGACGACUCGGAAGAGGACAGCUUCGUGUGGGACGCUCUGAGCCGGGGCAUCAAGAAGCAGCUGCGCGCCGACAGUCGGCAGUAUCUCAACUUCACCUUUGACCCCGAAGAGCAGAACCGGUCGGUCGACAGAGAGGACAGCGAGUCCGAUUCCAACUCCAGAGAUCCGAGCGCGGACAGGAAGCACGCGGCCAGGGUUUACCCCCCGUAUUCGGAUCCUAAAUUCAUUAAAUAUAUCGCGAAAAAUGUGUCAGACGAUUCUCUUGGGAUUAUUUCGACGGAUGUGGUUGGCGAUACCAGCCCGCGGGAAGUAGCAGACGGCGGCCGGAGGUCCUUGCGGGGGGACGAGCUUCAUCAACUCCGCACCUCCACGCCGGUCACUUCUCGUCCCGGAUCCGGCGAGGUUCGAACCUCGGACAGCUACACCAUCUUCCGCGAAGACCAGCAUACAAGCCACAGCUCGGACAUGAGCCAAGAUAGCUCUGGUCUGGACGAGGACGGAAGUGGUCAUCUUCAUCAACGUCAUCAUCAUCACCAUCAUCAUCAACAUCGUCGUCUGUCUGCGACCAGAUCCAUCUCCGACAGCGAUCUGCCGCCGGAGUUGAUCCCCCGCCACUCGGAUGAAGGUACGGAACGCUACCCGCCUCCACCACCCAUGUACGAUUCUCAUGAGGAGGACGAGCGGCUGUCUGAAGGUGGGUAUGGCAAUGAAGGUAAUAAAGGUGAAGGCACUUCUGCUAGUUUUGGUUUGAACCCCUCCCGAAAGCUUGAUAGUCGCAAGUGUGAGAGCUACAAAGGCGCCCCGCCGCGGCAUGAGGCGGACGUAGGCGCGUCGCGGAGCUAUACCCUAGCUAGUCACGAGCUGGUGGAAGAGAUCCCUUGUAGGAAAGACUCUAGCUAUACCGUAUGCACCUCGCAGAGCUACACUAUCGCCAAGUCGGACUCGGUGACGUCAUCGCCCUCGCGGAAGAGCAGGAAGGUGUCGACGGGAAGCUCGGUGAAUGGCGAGCCCCCGGGCAGCGGAGACUCGUCUUCUAGCGGGACGGACCCCAAGACGGACUCGUCCGGGGAAAAGAAGGGAGACACCAUGGACGACUCUUCCAGCGGGCCGUCGCCCGAGGUGUCGCAAGCCUUGGAGUGGGACUACGACCAAGAUUUUGACGGCAAGAACCCGCUGAGCCGGCAGGACAACACGAUGACCACUUCCGCCAGCACAGGCACCUCCGAGUCUCUGAGCGACGUGCUGAGGGACGGUUCGGACAACAGCGACGGUCUGGGCGAGGCCGAGAUGCCGUCCAUGGAGGACUCGGACUCGCAGUUUGAGGCGCCGGACAACGAGUUUGAGAACAUCGACAGCCUCGAGGACUUCCCCAUCUUUGGCAAGGACGCCAAGACGCUCAUGACGGACUCUGGUAUCUCUGACUACAGCACCACCAAGUCCUCCUCCUCCACGGUCUGCGGAAAUUCGUCGGACGAGUGUUCCCGGGAGGAUGACGCCUCCUCGCUCCGCACCACGCGAGCCGUCAGCUCCGACUCGUCACAGGAGACUCUGGCCGCUGAGUUUGUUCCCGACACGCCGGGCUCUGUGGAGGAGAAAGACUUGCCGGGUGACGAGGACCGGGAUCCGGGAGAGGAGGAGGAGUACGAGGGGGAGGAUGGGGAGGGAGCGGCCGGGGGGUUCGUGAGCCGGAGGGGAGCCAGGGUGAUGGACGUGCGGGACGAGCUCGAGCGAGAGCGGAAAGACUCGAUAGAUGACGGGAACUCCACGUCACCGGCCUCUGUUGUGUCCGUGGAGGAGGUGAGCGCCAUACAGGACCGGACGCUCUUAGUGGACGAGGUGACCUCAGGUCUGAGCAUAGUGCACGCUGGGGAGAGGAGCAAGGUCAAGGACUUCCAUAGUCCUGGCUCGGACACCUCGCUCUCCGACGAGGUGCCCGACGAGUCUUUGGACACAGACCGCUCUCUGGGAUUUGAUGAUGUCACGGUGCUGGAGAAAAGUUCGUCGGAUCUCCCGCGGGCAGGAUCUGAAGACACGGGCGACGAGGACAUGAACGAUGAGUCACGUGACCACACGGCCGGCCGCAAGCAGAGGCCCGUGUCGCUUAUCUCGACCACCAGCGCCGACACAGGUACUGACCCCUGACCCCUGAUCCCCCUA